AUGGCUUCCAAAUACGCCGCGGCCCACAAAUCCCCUCAAGGACCCGGUGACGCCCGUCCUACCGCCAUCCAAAUCAUCAAAGAUCAAAACCUCGAAGACAAGCUCUCCGACAAGACCAUCCUGAUCACGGGCUGCUCCUCGGGACUAGGUGUCGAGACCGCGCGCGCACUCCACCUCACCGGCGCAACCCUCUACCUAACCGUCCGCGAUGUCAAAAAAGCAGAGGCCAACCUUGGUGACCUGGCCAACAGUCCCCGAGUUCAUUUCCUCCACUUAGACCUGAACUCGCUUGACUCCGUGCGCGCCUGCGCCGAAGACUUCAACUCCAAGAGCAAAAAGCUUAACAUUCUAAUUGAAAACGCCGGCGUCAUGGCCUGCCCGGAAGGCCGGACAGCAGAUGGCUUCGAGACUCAAAUCGGAAGCAACCACCUCGCGCACUUCCUUCUCUUUAUCCUUCUGAAACCUACCCUCUUGGCUUCAUCAACACCCGAAUUCAACUCCCGUGUUGUGAUACUUUCCUCCGCCGCUCACAGAAUUUCAAGCGUCCACCUCGACAACAUCAGUCUCGAGGGUGAAUACGAGCCGUGGAAGGCAUAUGGCCAGAGCAAGACCGCUGGGAUCUGGGCUGCUAAUGAGAUCGAAAGACGGUAUGGUGCUCAGGGCCUCCAUGCUUUCAGUUUGCAUCCGGGUGGCAUCAAUACGGAUCUCCAGCGUCAUAUUUCGCAGGAGCAGCAGGCCGCAUGGGGUCAAGAUGAAGCACUGAUGAAGACCUUUAAGAGUCCGGAACAGGGCGCUGCUACGACUGUGCUGGCGGCUGUGGCCAAAGAGCUCGAGGGCCAGGGAGGGAAGUACUUGGACAAUUGUCAGAUUGCUGAGCCAUAUGACCCGAGUAGUGGCACCUGGGGUCCGGGGUACGCUGCUUGGGCGUAUGAUGUGGACGGAGAGAGGAAGUUCUGGAAGCUGAGUUUGGAGCUUCUCGGUCUGAAGGAUGAGUAG